GUCACGUGCAUGGUUCCGUUUCGUGGCUUACCCUGUCCACUCUCCUUUGUAGCCUAAGGACACCGCUACUACAUUUAUGCCAUGGCACUCAUGACGUUUGAGCUAGUUAAAUCAUACACCUCAUCAAUAGCUACCUUAGUAGGGGCUCCUUUCUUUGGUGCCAAACCACAGCAAAGUCCGGAUCCUCUAUACGACGGAGCUGUUUAUCUGAAUCCUGCACGACGCUCGGGAGCCCGACUUGUUCUUUUGCCUUUGCUCCCCCCUCCUCCCCCGAAAGCUGAGCUCCCUGCUGAACUCUGGCGAAGGUGCUUGCACUUUGCCAUGGACUUGACGCAUGAGAGGACGUCACUACUUCGGAUGGAGUACGAGAGGUAUGAGAAAUGCAGGAGGGAGCUCCCUUGCGUGAGCAAAACGUUCAAGACUCUCGCCACACCAAUAUUGUACUCCCAUAUAAAAAUCAGAAGCCUCGCUUCGUUACAGAUUCUCCAUGAUGUGCUUCAGUCCUCUGAUCAACAGUGGGACAGUUUACGACGAAUACCCUAUUCGACUCCGGGCCGAUGGAUUCAAUCACUAGACUUCACUGGCCUUGCUGACUCACUCACCACGCGCACCACCAAACUACACGCUGAUACCCUUCUAAGCAACCUCUUUCGCUUCACCCCAUUUCUCUCUUCGUUAACCCUGCAUGCAAAAAUAUGCCUCAGUCGCAGAGCGAUGGCGGCUCUAGCCGAAGGCUGCGGGCUGAGGCUGAAGGUUCUUAAAGAACUACUCGUGUGCCCUGAUUCGGCAGCCAUGCCUUCUAGCCAAUGGCUCAUUCAGUCUGACCCACUAAUCUCGCUCGUUCGGGCGUGCUCAAAUUUGGAGGUUCUGGAAGUGAUAGGACCAGGCUUGAUCCAAGAUGAAGAGACUUUUUUGGGUGCCAUCGAUUCUCAUGAGCUAAAAUUGGAGCCCAUAUCUCUACUUCACCUACGGAGACUAUCAAUCAUAGGGAUACCGCAGGCACCAUUCUUCUAUUCACUGAUGCGGUCGAAAUUGCCAUCAUUAAGUUUUCUCACCAUCACAGUGUAUCCUUCUCCAUUUUCCCCUUCCCCAUCAGCCACCUUCCUUGCGAAUCAUGGAGAAACUAUUGAAUCGCUCAUUCUCACCCUACCCCCUGACUGGCCACCCCCUGAUUAUGCUUCCUAUCGUCCAUCACCAGCAGCCUACAAUUCUGAAUCUAUAUUGCACAUCCUUCCCAAGCUCACCCAAUUGAACUUGUGUUUCCCGCUCCCCCCACUACUACUUCUCCCGACUCCUGACACUCCUUUGCGCACAUUACUCUUCCCUCGACCACUGCCAGCUCUACUUCCCUUUGUCCAGGCUCUGGUUUCGAAUGCACAUACCAGGGUCGAUGCUGGAGCCGAUGCUCCUGCUAUUUCACCGAAGGGAAAAAUGAGCAGUCAGGCUGUUAACGGGCUCAAGACGAUAGUGUGGACCAAAUCUAAAUGGUUGCGGAGCGAUUUGGUGACCGCAAGCCGAGGAGCAAGGUUGGCCGGCGAUCAAGUCGAGAUGCACAGAUGGAAGAGAAUGUUUUCGGGAAAGUUACAGCUUCUCGAUGCAGAGGCAAAAGAGGAAUAAAUUAGAUCUAGCGUGGUUUUUUGGGUGGUUUCCGUUGUGGGUGGGUACGUUCUGGCAUCUUGUCAAGCCGCUGUUCUGCCAUGUAACUUGUCUGUUGUACUGUAGAUAUAUAUUGUGUACUAUUCCCAGUGUCAGUCAAUCGCAUCGUCCUGUCGCAUUUUGUAUGCUUCCCAUCAUGUCACCGC